GCCGCCGGGCCGGGGCAUUGUGGGCCGGGCGGGCAGGGACCUGCGCAGACGGAGCCGCUGCUCGUUCAUUUGGCCGGAAGAGCGGGAAGAUGGCGGAUGGCGACGCAUCUGCUAAGAAGCAUAGAAAGAAAUCUAUGGAAACUAUUGGGGACAUCCAGCAAGCGACGGAUUUUCUAAUUGCGCCAGAAUCAAAGACAGUAAAGUUAGACACAUCUCAUUGGCCAUUGUUGCUAAAGAAUUUUGACAAACUUAAUGUACGAACGGCCCAUUACACCCCCAUUCCGAAUGGCUGCUCGCCUCUCAAGAGGGAAAUUGCUGACUACGUAAGGUCUGGAUUCAUUAACCUUGAUAAGCCAGCAAACCCGUCUUCGCAUGAAGUGGUAGCAUGGAUACGCAGGAUUCUGCGAGUGGAAAAGACUGGUCACAGUGGAACACUGGAUCCCAAAGUUACAGGCUGUUUAAUUGUGUGCGUAGAACGAGCAACACGACUAGUUAAAUCCCAACAGAGUGCCGGCAAAGAGUAUGUGGGAAUUGUUCGGCUGCACAAUGCUAUUGAAAGUGAACUUCAGCUUAGUCGGGGUUUGGAGAUGCUGACUGGAGCCUUAUUCCAACGACCUCCCUUGAUUGCUGCUGUUAAAAGGCAAUUAAGAGUGCGGACCAUCUAUGAAAGCAAACUAAUUGAGUAUGAUCCAGAGAGGAGGUUGGGAGUCUUCUGGGUGAGCUGUGAAGCAGGGACGUACAUCCGAACACUAUGUGUACAUAUUGGCUUGCUGCUUGGAGUAGGUGGUCAGAUGCAGGAGCUGAGGCGGGUGCGGUCGGGAGUGAAUGGGGAAAAGGACAAUAUGGUAACAAUGCAUGAUGUGUUGGAUGCUCAAUGGCAAUAUGACCACAACAAAGAUGAAACAUAUCUACGGCGUGUCAUCUUACCCCUUGAAAAGUUGAUGGCAACCCAUAAACGGAUCGUUAUGAAGGACAGUGCAGUAAAUGCUAUCUGCUAUGGUGCUAAAAUUAUGCUCCCUGGCCUGCUCCGUUAUGAAGAUGGGAUUGAGGUGAACCAGGAAAUCGUUGUCAUUACAACAAAGGGAGAAGCAAUUUGCAUCGGUGUUGCAUUAAUGACGACGGCAGUAAUAUCGACAUGUGACCAUGGUGUGGUGGCAAAGAUCAAACGUGUUAUCAUGGAACGGGACACUUACCCACGUAAGUGGGGCCUGGGGCCGAAGGCAAGUCAAAAGAAAAUGAUGAUCCAGAAGGGCUUGCUAGAUAAACAUGGCAGACCAAAUGGAAGUACUCCCGAAUCAUGGAAGAAGGACUAUGUGGAUUACACUCCUGGAAAUGUAGGACCUCGCAAUACAGCACAAAUCCAGGCAGUGAAGAGAAAGAGAGAAAGCGAGAGUGAUGAGUCUGUGGUACCAUCCACCCCUGCAACGGUAACAUCCCAGCCAGAGUUAACUAAGAAAGAGAAAAAGAAAAAGAAGAAAGAAAAGAAGCAAAAGUUAUUACAGGAAACACCGGUGACAAUUGAAAGUCCUAAACCAAUGUCUACACCAGUCGCACAGGAAUCCAGUCCAGAAGUCAGCAAGAAAGAAAAGAAAAAGAAAAAAGCGAUGGAAAUGGGAAAGUCUGGAACUGGAGAGACUGAAAGCUCAAAAAAGAAGAAAAAGAAAAAGGAAAAGGAAAAAGCUGAAACGUGCGAGUAAUGAGGUGCCUUGCAUCUGGGUUUCUGAAUCGGUGGAGAGAAGGCAGCUUCUGCAGGGCUGAAUCCGAUGAACAAGUACUGUGCUAAUUGCUAUCACGACAAUUAGAAAUGUUAAAGUUUUGCUGUUUGAAUGGCUUUCAUACUCAAACUUUGCAAUUUUGUAUGUAACUAGACUUGCCUCAUUUGGUUUAAUAUCCUGUUUUAAGGAUAACAGUCGAAGAUUUGUGGAUGCACUUGUGUGCAGUGUGUUCAUGGUUACUUCAGUUAUAAUGGUGCUUUACGUUGUGGAAAGAAUAUUUGAGGACAGGAGAGAAUAACUGAUUUUUUCCCCUAGUGACAGGAAUAGCCAACAUCCCCUCUUGGUCAGGAGUAUUUUCUAUCGUUCCAUUCCCUUUGCAAAAGAGGAGCUUUUUGUUUAUGAAUGAAGUAAUACCUUAUUGUCGCAUGUGAUGAGCUGCAAUGAAAUUCUUUUCUUGCAUACCCAUGGUAUGCAAACGGUCGCCACAUCAAGGGCACUGGCAAAGUUAUACCGUAUCCCGCAGCACCGGGUUCUCCUUUGUUCUCUCUACCCCUCCUCCCACACAUGGUGGUUCCCCCACAUCAGCUCCUCCUUUGUUUUCCUCUCUUCCUCCAUCCUGGUUGCUCGCCCUCGCCGGGUGCUCCUUUCUUUCAUAGAAAGUAGGUUCAGGAGUAGACCAUUCGGCCCUUCAAGCCAGCACCAACAUUCAAUAUGAUCAUCCAAAAUCAGUACCCCAUCCCUGCUUCCCAUAUCCCUUGAUUCCGUUAGCCCUAAGAGCUAUAUCUAACUCUUGAAUACAUCAAGAUUGUUCACACACCCAUCCUCCUCGUCUAAAGCAGCAAUGUGAAUUGAAUAUAGUCAGAGCAUGGAACCUGUUUUCUGCAGAGAGCUGGAACCAAUCAGCUUGUUUUUGUUCAAGAAUUUGGAAAAAUAUGGGCCAGUGAUGCUUAUUUAUGUUCUUUUAUUGGCAUUUGGCUUACGUGAGGUCUAAAUCCAUUGGAGAAUGUAACAGGCUACUACCUCCUACAUUAGUUCACAGGGCUCAGUUCACCAAAUAAGUUAGAAACGGCACCAUGGAGACUUCGGGAAUGAGUUGCCUAUAAUGGGAUGAAUUUGCAAAGUGCUACCAAUGUAAAUAUUUUAACUAUUUUUCUAUUGGGGAUCUAGGUUACUGUAUUAUGAACAUUGUAAUAAAACUGAAUUUAAAUGCAACAUUUUGGGGGAUUCAAUUAACUUGUCCUUCAAGAUGUGCUGUGUUGGUUUUGAGCCCAUGGUACAUUUAACUGUACAGUCUGAUUAUUGUAACAAGCCUGGUCAUUUUUAAAUAAAUGGCUUCUUUCUA